AUCUGACACAUUGACAGAUAUGAGAUAACUUAUGUCUUACGACUGUAUGGUAAACCAUGCUGGAGUUUUAUUUAUGUUGUUAGGUUAUGUUUACUUUUAAAUAUAGAGAAUUAUAUGUUUAACUAAAGCCACAUAUAAGUUAACAUGCCUAAGCCAAUACUAUUCGAUGAGGAUUCGGAAGAAGAAGUCGAAAUUAAAACAGAAAAUGCAUACGCCAAGAGGUACGAUACUUGGCGAGAAAAAGAAGAAUUACAUAAAUUGGAACAAAAAUACGGCUCAAAACCCUUAAACGAUGACGGAACAGUCUCAUCUGACAGUGAAGACGAAAGCGAUGAGCCGCCAGAGGUUUCCGAAGAGGUGGAGAAACAAUUCCUCAAGACCCUAGCCCUCUUGAAAACCAAGGACCCUAGGAUAUACGAUCCUAGUUAUAAGUUUUUUGAUGAGAAAAUUGAAAAGGAAAAAGAGAAAGAACCAGAAACCAAGAAGCUAACAUUCGGCGAUAGUGAUGAUGACGAGGAUGAUGAUCCAAAUAUAUUUAGCAUUGAAAAGAAGGCAGAAAUAGACAGUGAUGAUGGCAAUAAAAAUUGUAAGGAGAAUGCAGAGAAUGAGAAGAUUAAAGAAUUUUUAAUUGGCAAAGUUGACCAUGUUGACGAUGAAGUAGAAAAAGAUCUCGCACCACUCAGGGCUUUGUGGUCAGACCCUAAAUUAAAUGAUGGUGAAGCAUUUCUGAGGGAUUACAUUUUAAAUAAAAGGUAUUUAGAUGAUGGUGAUGUUGGUGACGCUGCCGAUAAAAUAAGGGAUGAUGAUGAUUUAGAAGAAGAUGAAAAGAUGGUGGAAGAGCAGGGUAAAUUCGAGCGAGCCUACAAUUUUCGUUUUGAGGAGCCCGAUGAAGAAUAUUUAAAACGUUUCCCUCGAACAAUGAACUAUAUCAGACCAAAAGAUGAUCGCCGUUCCCGUAAGCGAGCUGAGAUACGCGAAAGAAAGGAAGAGGAGAAAAAGAGGAAGAUGGAAGAAAUAGCCAGGAUGAAGGCACUUAAGCUAAAAGAAAUACAAGAGAAGAUUGCCAAAAUCAAAGAGGUCACAGGCAACCAAGACCUGGCUUUUAAGGAUGAAGACAUCGAAGGUGAUUUCGAUCCUGAGGAACACGAUAAAAGAAUGAAAGCCCUAUUCGACGAGGAGUAUUAUGGCGAAGCUGAUGACCAGAAACCUGUCUUUCCUGAUUUGGAUGAAGAAUUGGAAAUUGAAAAUUGGGAGAAUUUCGAACCAGAAUAUAAAGAAGACAAUGAAAAUGCGGAUGAACUACAUUGUGAAGAUACGGACUUUAAUAUGGACGCAGACUAUGAUCCAAAGAAAGCGAAGGAGAACCUUAUAGAAGAAUUGAAACGAAACAUGGGCAAAAAACGUAGGAACAGAAAACGUAAAUCAAAGCUUGCCGAGCUAUUAUCAGAUGAGAAACCAAAAUUUAUACCUGAUGUUGAUAAAACUUAUGCAGAGUACAUGCAGGAGUACUAUCAGAUGGACUGUGAAGAUGUUAUUGGGGGAGAUCUGCCCACAAGGUUUAAGUACAGGGAGGUGGUGCCUAAUGACUUUGGAUUGACUGUCGAGGAGAUUCUUCUCGCAGACGACAAAGAAUUAACUCAAUGGGUGCCACUUAAGAAGAUUGUAAAAUAUCGUCCAGAAAACGUAGAGAAAGGCGAGGUCAAAGUUUAUUCACAAAAAGCAGCUGAUAUCAGAUUGAAAAAGAAAAUUCUGCCCAGCUUGUUUAAAGAUUUACCAGAAGAACCAGAAAUAGUAGUACCAACAGAAGCUAGUAAAAAGAAAAAGAAGAAGAAAAAGAAACACACGAACCAAGAAAACAAUGACGAAAUAAAUGAUUUAAAAAUAAAUAAUGAUACUUCUAGUAAUACUGAAAUUGAGAAACAAAAAGAAGGAAAAAAGAAACAUAUUAACCCAGAAAACAAUGAAGAAGCAAAUGGUUUAGAACAAACAAAUGAAAGUAACAUUCAAAACAAUAGCACAGAAACCUCAAAGAAAAAGAAAAAGCACAAACAAACUGAAAACGAAGAAAGUGUCAAUCACGAUGGACCCCAGAAUACUGGUAAUGAAAGCGAAAUAAAUAUGAAACAUAAAAAGAAUAAGGUUAAAACUAAAAAUCAAGAAUCUACUAUAACCUGUCAAGAAAUAACUGCUAACACUAUUGAGAUUGAGAAACAAAAAGAAGGCAAAAAGAAACAAAACAAUGAAGAAAUAUAUGCUUUAGAUAAAACAAAUGAAAGUAUCACACACACACACAAGUAUGGCGGAUUAGAAACAUCCAAAAAGAAGAAAAAACAUAAAGAAACAGAAAACGUGAAAAAUAUAGUCAAUAUAAACGCAAACCAAGAUAACACUGAAGAAAGUGAAUCCUUAAAAGUAGAACAUAAAAAAGGAAAUAACAAAAAUGUUAAUGAUGAACCAAGUAUAAGUAAACAAGAAAUAAUUAACUCUUCUAAAGUAAACGAGAAACAGAAAGAAGGAAAUAAGAAAAAGAAACCAAAAAAUGCAUUUAAUGUUGAAACCAUCAAUGUUAAAACUAACCCCAGUAGCGGAACAAAUCCUAUGAUUAAUGAAAGCAAUAGUAAAAUUAAUAAGAAUAAUUUAAAACGCAAAUCAAAUUCAACUACGGAAGAAACUAUUCCUAAAAAGAAAACUAAGAAAAAUAAAAAUUUCAAAAAGGUUAAACCUCUUAAAAAAAGUGUUCAGAAUGACAAACCGGCCAAUCCUUUAAGUAAGCUAUCCGAUGAAAGACUUAAAGCUUAUGGCUUGAAUCCGAAAAAAUAUAGAAGUUUCCUGAAGUAUAAGAAAUUUUAA